UGUUGGGUUCCCGUCCCGUCGUUGAACAAUGCGAAAAUAUUUUGACAUCUAAAUUUUAUUUUACUUAUUUUGGCAACGGAAAGCAUUGACUGAAACAUAGCUCUUUUGUUCAUCUUUUUCUUAUUUCCGUGUUAUGCAACCGUAUAUAAAUUGAACUUGUAUAAAAGCAGGUGCCUUUAUAAAAGGUUGCAUAGUACAUCUUAUUACAGUGGUGAAAUGAUUACCUGCACAGCGUGUGAUAAAAUUUUUUCACGAACUGAUGCAUUAAUACGUCAUAAACGUCACCAUUGUGUCAAUCGUAAUUUGAAUCCACACGAUGAAGAAAAACCAUCUUGUUCUGGGGUGAGAAAGACCAAACGUUGUAAAAUUGAUUCACCUAGUGAAAGCAGUACCAAUGAAGAAAAACCAUCUUGUUCUGGGGUGACAGGGGCCAAACGUUGUAAAAUUGAUUCACCUGGUGAAAGCGGCAGCAAUAACGACAACAGUAAUAGCGGUAAUAAUAUUUUCUGUAAAGAGUGUUUGGAAUAUGUACCCCGUCGAAAUUACCAAGGACAUUUGCGCAGCAAUAAACACAAAAAUAAUGUCUGCUUCGCCGUCGAUGAUGGUGUUCAUGUGAUUCGAUGCGCCUUUAAAAAUAGAUUAAUCAGCUACCGCAUGUCUCCAACCGAAACUCAUGUUAAUGUUUCUGAUUUUAUGAAUGAUAUAAAAGCGAAAAUUGUAAAAGUGAUUAAUGAUCAGUUAAAAAGACACAACCCUUUAAAAAUUAACUUUGAAUUAUUUGGCGCAUAUUACUUGGAUACGAAGAAUAUCACCGAUAUCAAGUCUUUCCAAUCAAAAUACCAAGUAAUCACAAUUUCCGAUCCCAUUGAAGAUCUUUUUCAAUCUUUAUCUGAAAUUGUGGAUCGAAAAAAUUCUGAAUUUCAACAAAAGGAUUCUGGAUGGACUUUGGUUCAACUAUUGUAUCUGGAAAUUAACAUUCUUAAAUUCAACGCACUUCGGGCAUCUUCCUAUAUACCAUUACCACCGUUCAUCUCAAACAAGAAGGCUGUUCUGAACAUACAAAACAAUGAUGAAUACUGCUUUGCAUACUCUUUGGUUGCUGCAUUAUUUAAUCCUAAAGGUUCACCCCAAUUACCCUCAUCGUAUCCCAACUUCAGGGAUGUUUUCAACUGGAAUGGUGUCCAAUUUCCUGUAUCUAUGAAGCAAAUUUCAACGUUUGAAGCUAACAACAUCAACAUUUCGAUUAACGUUUAUGGUGUAGAAAAAAUACUGAAAGAUGGAACAACUUCAUAUGAAAUUGUUGGUCCUUUAUACUACAGUAAGUUAAAAAAACAGCAUCAUAUUAAUUUGUUGUAUAUUAGUAAUGACAUGGGUAAUCAGCAUUAUUGUUUAAUUAAAGAUUUUUCAAAAUUAGUCAGCAAACAAUUAAGUAAUAGUAAUGGUAAAAAAUUUUUUUGCGAUGCUUGUAUCCAUUACUUCCGGACAGAGAACGCUCUGAAACGCCACACAGAAAGAGAUUGCAAUCAAGUUUAUACCAAAUUACCGAGUACUAAUCCUAAGGUUGAUAAAACUGGGAACAUCUGUCCCGAAAAUAUUUUAACCUUUAAUAAUUAUCAUAAACAAAUACGUCAUCCGUUUGUAGUAUAUGCAGAUUUUGAAUCAAUGAUAGUACCCAUUCAAACAGUUGAACCUAACCCUCUUCAAUCGUUUUCAAUACAAACCCAGAAACAUGAACCAUAUUCGUGGUGUUAUUACAUUAAGUCCACAUAUAAUGAUGAAUGGUCUAUCCUUCGACAAUAUCGCGGCGUAGAUGCCGCUACUAAAUUUAUAGACAGUUUAGAAAAUGAUAUUAAGGAAAUCUAUCAUAAACAUCUAAAAAAUCAAGUACCAAUGCAACCAUUAUCGAAAAAUGAGAAAAAAAGUUAUGAUGAUAGCACAACUUGUUUCAUUUGUGGAAAUGAGUUUGUCAGUGGUUCUGAAAAUGUUAAAGUAAGAGAUCAUUGUCACGUUACCGGUAAAUAUCGCGGAAGUGCUCAUUCCCGGUGCAAUUUAAAUUUUAAGCUUCAAAAUUAUAUACCAAUAUUUUUUCACAAUUUAAGUGGAUAUGAUUCUCAUUUAUUUAUUAAGCAUUUAGGUAACAAAACCGAUGAAAUUAAUGUUCUCCCUCUUAGCACUGAAAAUUAUAUAACUUUUAGCAAACACCUCUUUGUAGAUGAAAUUGAAGUGAAUGGAAAAAAAGAAAAAAAAUUUAUAAACUUGCGAUUUCUCGAUAGCUUCAAAUUUUUAUCGUCAUCCCUUGACGUUCUUUCUAGAAAUUUAGCAGAUGAUCAAUGCUCUGAAAUAAGAAAAUUUUUUAAUUGUGAUGAAGAAUUUAAGCUUUUACGAAUGAAAGGGUGCUUCCCAUAUUCAUACGUAGAUUGUCUUGAGAAACUUGAUGAAAAAAAUAUACCACCUUAUGAUCAAUUUUAUGAUAUUAUGAGGGGGGAAAAUAUCUCAUUGGAGGAGUAUGAUCGAGUGUUAAAUGUAUAUAAUGUAUUCCAUUGUAAAAAUUUAGGAGAAUACUCGGAUAUUUAUUUAAAGUGUGAUGUGUUAUUAUUAGCUGAUGUAUUUGAAAACUUUAGAGACCUGUGUAUGAAAAUUUAUGGAUUAGAUUCCGCGCACUAUUUUACUGCUCCUGGAUUAACUUGGGACGCAAUGUUAAAAUAUUCCAAAGUGCGAUUAGAGUUACUCACAGAUAUGGAUAUGUACCAUUUCUUCAAAAAAGGUAUCCGAGGUGGUGUGAGCACCUGUAUUACAAGAAAAAGUGUUGCCAAUAAUGAACAUCUUAUGGAUUACGAUCCCCAACAUUUAAAAAGUUUUAUUCAGUAUUUAGAUGUUACAAAUCUUUAUGGAUCAGCAAUGCGGGAAUAUUUACCACAUUCUGGGUUUACAUGGUUAAGUGAAACAGAAAUUCAAAAUUUUAACUUGUUUGAUGUUGGUGAUGAGGAUGAUUUGGGUUAUAUAUUAGAAGUAGACCUACAGUACCCUCAGUCUUUGCAUUCCUUACACAAUGAUCUUCCAUUCUGCCCAGAGAACAUUGUACCUCCAAAUUCUAGACAAAAAAAAUUAAUCCCCAAUCUUUUUGAUAAAAGAAAUUAUGUUAUCCACUACAGAAAUUUAAAGCAAGCUUUAGAUCACGGUUUAGUAUUAAAACAAAUCCAUCGCAUAUUAAAGUUUCAUCAAAGUCCUUGGUUAAGAGGGUACAUUGAUUUAAAUACAAAAAUGCGCAACAACUCUCCUAGUAAGUUUGAAAAAGAUUUUUUCAAGCUAAUGAACAAUGGCGUCUUCGGAAAGACAAUGGAAAAUGUAGAUAGACGAAAAAUAAUAAAGUUGCUAACUCACUGGGAGAAUUUCGGUAAACGUUUGGGAAUGGAGAGCUAUGUGGCGAAGGUCAAUUUUAAAAGAUUUGUUCAAUUUAGUGAAAAAUUAUUUGCUGUAGAAAUGGGUAAAUUAUCAGUGCUUUAUGAUAAGCCCGUAUAUGUAGGUUUCACCAUAUUAGAUAUUUCCAAAAUUGUUAUAUACAGGUUCUUUUAUGAUGUCUUACGUGCUCAAUACGGUAGUAAUGUUUCCUUGCUUUAUACGGACACUGAUUCAUUGAUUAUUGCAGUUCAAACUGAUGAUUUAUAUCAACAUAUGAGAGAAAAUUUACACGAAUAUGACACGUCAAAUUAUGUUAAUAAUCUACAUGGGGUACCAACUUCAAUUUCUGUUAUUGGAAAGAUGAAGGAUGAAUAUGCAGGAAAAGCAAUUAAAUGUUUCUAUGGUGCUGGCGCCAAAGCUUAUUGUGUUAAACUUGCAGAUGAUAAGCUAGUGAAGAAAGCAAAGGGUGUAAAGAAAAUCGUAAUCAAAAAAGUACUUACGGAAUUUGACUAUAAAAAUGCUGCUCAGCAGGAAAGCAAAAGUAUAUUUUGCAAAAUGUUUACAUUUCGAUCCACUUUACAUGAUAUAUACACUGUGCUCAUUAAUAAAAUUUCACUUUCUUCAAAAGAUGAUAAAAGGUUUAUUAUCCCAAAUACUUGCAAAACUUUGGCUUGGGGACAUUUUCAAAUUCAACAAUAUGCAACUCUUGAUGAAAGCAAUAAUGGGCUGAUCUCUGCAACGAUGGUACUGGGUGAAAACAAUGAUAACGUUGAAAAUGAUAGAUUAGAUUUUUUAAUUAAAAGUGUAAAGGAGGUUAUGGUUGAUAUACAAGCAAAUGAAAGUGUAAAUGUAGUUAUGGCCGAUAUACAAGCAAUUGAAAGAGUUACCCCUGUUAUUACAAGUGCAUCGAGUACAGAUAUAGAAAUUAAUGAAAUAAUAAAUGAUGCUUAUAAUAAUUUAAUUACCCCUGUUAUUACAAAUGAAUCGAGUACAGAUAUUGAAAUUAAUGAAAUAAUAAACGAUGCUUAUAAUAUUUUGAUGAGUUAAUUUUUGAGAGUAAUUCUAGUUUGUUACUUUUACUACUGUAAAAAACAAUUAACCUUAAAUGUGUCUUUAUUAAUGUAAUUAUUUAUUGUAUAUUUAUUGCAUAUUUUGCCACUGUAAUAUAAAAUAUUGAAUAAAACAAUUGACCUUAGAUGUGUCUUUAU